GACUGGUUUGAUUGGGACAAGGGGAUUGAUUGUAACACGGGGAUUGAUUGGGACACGGAGAUUGAUUGGGACACGGAGAUUGAUUGGAACCCGCCCAGUGAUGGGACUCUGAAUAUAAAUUGGGGCUUUCUGACUUUUGGACAUCGUAGGAGAUUUUCCAGCACAACAACGAACCGUGGGAAUACAUCUUUCCGACAAACACUAUGUCGCAGGAAGCACCGCGGACAGAAAAGGGUAGAGAAGCUAGAUCUCCAAGUGAUGAAGACCCGCAAGACGGAACUAGAACUGGAUCAUCCGGAUACGCUGGGAAGCAUAGCGAAUCUUCUAUCAAUAUAUUGGCGGAAGGGCCGACUGAAGGAGGUAGAGAAGCUACAGGAGGAAGUCAUUGAGAUGAAUAGGAGGACACGAGGAUGUGAUCAUCUGCAUACACUGAUCAUUGUGGGAAGACUUGCAUCAAUAUAUUGGAUCCAGGACCGAACAGGGGAGGCGGAGAAGUUAGAGCUACAAGUGACAGAGGCCCGCAAGAAGAAACUAUGGCCCUAUCAUCAGGACACGCUGACCAGCAUGGAAAAUGAUGUAUCAACACACAAGAGUCAGAGCCGAUAUGUUGACGCCUCAGCAUCAAUGGGCGUCAGAGACCGAUCGCGAUAGCAGCGGUAAACCAGCUCUAGCCGUGAAAUAAGCACAUGUAGGGUGUUAAGACUUGAGCUUUUAGCAGCUCCUACAACAAAUAGAGGUAGGGGCUGGUAGUUUGAGACGGACAGAGGUUAAUUUUGUGGUAUUUACCCUCUACCAUUAAAAU